AGUCUAUUUUGGCCCAGCCGGCAUCAGUGUCGCUGUGGGCCCGUUGUGACUUUUGGGCGGAUGUUCGUGUAAGCCACGCGUUUAUUUGCCCAGGGCCAUGCAUAAGUACAGGUUGGUCGCCAAGAAGGGCGAGGGCACUUUCUCAGAGGUGCUGAAGGCUCAGUCCAUCAAGACAGGGAAGCAUGUCGCAAUCAAGUGUAUGAAGAAUCAUUUCGACAGCAUCGACCAGGUCAAUAAUCUCAGAGAGAUUCAGGCUCUGCGCCGCCUGGCUGGACACCCGAACAUCAUCAAGCUGAACGAGGUGUUGUAUGAUGAGCCCACAGGGAGAUUGGCCCUUGUCUUCGAACUCAUGGAGAUGAACUUCUACGAGGCGAUCAAGGGUCGCAGGCACUAUCUUCCAGAGCAAAAAGUGAGGCAUUACAUGUACGAGACGCUGAAGGCGCUUGACCACAUGCACAGGAAUGGUAUUUUUCACCGCGAUGUGAAACCAGAAAAUCUACUUCUCCUCGAUGACGAAGUGAAGCUGGCGGAUUUAGGCAGUUGCCGGGGCAUCUAUUCUCGCCAGCCGUUCACAGAGUACAUCAGCACCCGCUGGUACCGGGCGCCCGAGUGCCUGUUGACCGACGGCUAUUACAAUUUCAAGAUGGACCUCUUUGCGGCAGGGUGCGUCAGCUUCGAGCUCGCGGCACUCUUCCCGCUGUUCCCCGGCUCGAACGAGACGGACCAGAUACAGAAGAUCCACAACGUGCUCGGCACUCCCUCGCCAGAGCUGCUGACCCGGAAGUUCAGGCGCAACGCCUCUCACAUGGAUUUCAAUUUUCCCGAGAAGAAGGGCACCGGCAUCGAGAGGCUGAUCCCUCACGCGGACGCCGAGCUCACGGAGCUCAUGAAGAAGCUCCUGCGGUACGACCCCGACGAACGCAUCCUGGCCCGCCAGGCGCUGAAGGAUCCGUACUUCCGCGACCUGCGGGACGCCGAGAAGGAGAUGGCCGCCUCGAGCUCGCAGAGCGGCUUCCGCCGCGGUGGGGAGACGUACAACGGCGGCGCGGUGGCUACCGGCGGGAGCUCACAGAGCAGCUUCCGCCGCGAGCCGCACAAGGUGUCCAUCAGCUCCUCGAGCGAGGUGGAGCACGGCGACGGCGAGGAUCCCACGAAGGAGGCGCCGACGCCAGCACCGGCCGCCGCCUCGGCGGCGGGUGCGGCGGCGGGUGCCGCUGCGGCAUCGUCCGUGGAGGAUCGUGGCGGCGGGCUGCCGAACAUCAAGCAGGAGCGUCGCAAGGGCGGCGGCGGCAACAGAUCCGAGAACGAGUCCGAGAGCGACACCCACGAGGAUGGCAGCAUGGUGCUGCCGCCGAUCGGCGGGAUCAAGGGGAAGCGGGACAACAAGAUGAAGUCCCACCAGACCUUCAAGGCGGUUGCGAACGCAUCGCUGCAAAAGCUCGGCCCUUAGUGCGCUGGUGUUGUGUUCGGUAGGUGUUGAGUUGCUACUCGUCUUGUGCGCAGCUAUGUCUUCACAUGAGGAUGCGAGGGGUUUUGCUUGCGGGCUUGCUCGAUUUCGCGUGCGUCAGUGUAAGUUUGGGAGCUGAAUGUUUGAGAUGUGCGCUGUGUGUACGAGUGUGCGCACGGCCCGUCUUUCUUAACCCGUCGCCUGCAGCCCACCGGCGCGCUAGAUAACAAGUCUUGUGCGCGCGCGUGGAUGGCAUGCGCCUCUGUUCUCGUUCCGAGCCCGGUCUUCGUCCCACCUGCUGAGCCGCUCGCGUUCCGCCGCGGCGCUCGCUGUGCGCGCCAGACAACAGAUCUGUGUGCGCGCGCGUGGAUGGUAUGCGCCUCUGUUCCUCCUCCCCCUCCUCCUCCUCCUCCUCCUCCUCCUCCUCCUCCUCCUCUGCUGCUGUUGCUGAUGCCUGCUCGUCUCCUCCUCCCUCGCUGACGGACGCACGUGGUGCGCUGCUGCGUCCUCGGCCCUCUGGCCGCGACGCUGUCGCCGCCGUUUCACUGAACGGCAUGCAGCUCAAGCCAGGAGCGCAUGCCCCGCCCGCCCCGCCGCCCGAGUGGGCUGGAGGGUUGGCCUAGGUGGGACGAAGACCUCUGGGUACGCUCGUCUCCUCUUCCUCCUCCUCCUCCUCCUCCUCCUCCUCCUCCU